AUGGUAUUUGCCCGCUCCGCCCUCCGUGCUGCUCGUCCAGCCAGCUCUCUGCUUUCGCAGAGGGCCACCACCUCCUUCUCCCACCGCGGAGCCUCCCUCGCAAAGACCGCGAGCCUGGGCGGUGUCAGAACGCUGACCGCGACUGCCUCUCGACAGGGAAAGGUCCUCCUCGUUCUGUACGACGUAAGUCAUGUCCCCUACAGCUCCAGCAUGAUUCUCCGAGCUCUCAAUGCGAGAAUAGGUCUAAUCAUUGAUGCCAGGGCAACGAGCACGCCAGGCAAGAGCCCAAGUUGCUUGGAACCACGGAGAAUGAGCUUGGACUCCGAAAGUGGAUCGAGGACCAGGGCCACACUCUAGUCACCACCUCCGACAAGGAGGGCGCGAACAGCAAGUUCGACCAGGAGCUCGUCGACGCUGAAGUCAUCAUCACCACUCCGUAAGAAGAUCCUCACGCAAUUGUAUAUACAAUUGGAACGUUCGCCUGACCAACCUCAGAUUCCACCCGGGUUACCUGACCGCCGAGCGUCUCGCAAAGGCCAAGAACCUCAAGAUCGCCGUAACUGCUGGUAUUGGCUCCGACCACGUCGACCUGAACGCCGCCAACAAGACCAAUGGCGGUAUCACCGUUGCUGAGGUCACCGGUUCCAAUGUCGUCUCCGUCGCCGAGCACGUCGUCAUGACCAUCUUGGUCCUCGUCCGCAACUUCGUCCCUGCCCACGAGCAAAUCGCCAGCGGUGACUGGAAUGUCGCAGCCGUCGCCAAGAACGAGUAUGACCUCGAGAACAAGGUCGUCGGUACCGUUGCUGUCGGCCGUAUCGGUGAGCGUGUCCUCCGCCGCCUGAAGCCAUUCGACUGCAAGGAGCUUCUGUACUUUGACUACCAGCCGCUCUCCAAGGAGAAGGAGCAGGAGAUUGGCUGCCGACGUGUCGAGAACCUCGAGGAGAUGCUUGCCCAGUGUGAUAUUGUCACCAUCAACGCCCCACUGCACGAGAAGACCCGCGGCCUGUUCAACAAGGAGCUCAUCUCCAAGAUGAAGAAGGGUAAGUCAUCGAGCUCGAUUGAGGACGUGGAAUCUCCAGGCUAACUUUGUCCAGGCUCUUGGCUCGUCAACACCGCCCGUGGUGCCAUCGUCGUCAAGGAGGAUGUCGCCGAUGCCCUCAAGUCUGGCCAGCUCCGUGGCUACGGUGGAGAUGUCUGGUUCCCACAGCCAGCACCAAAGGACCACCCACUCCGCUACGCCGAAUACGGUCCAUUCAAGUCCGGCGGAAACGCAAUGGUUCCACACAUGUCCGGUACCUCGCUCGACGCCCAAGAGCGCUACGCGACUGGUGUCAAGAACAUCCUGCAAUCAUACUUCAGCGGCAAGCACGACUACAGGCCUGAGGACCUGAUCGUGUACAAGGGAGACUACGCCACCAAGGCCUAUGGCCAGCGUGAGAAGAAAUAG